AUGUCACCACCGCACGACAUGAACGUUGACAUUGAGUCGAAACCCGCCCGCCCCCCGCCGCCGUCGUGGGCGUCGGUGCCCAACAAGUUCCAACUGUUCGUCAUCUGCACGGUGCGCAUCGUCGACUUCUUCCAGCAAGCAGCGCUGCAGGCCUACAUGUUCUACCAGCUCCAGUCGUUCUCGCCCUCGGCGCCCGACAGCCAGAUCUCGUUCGAGGCCGGCGUGCUGCAGGGCGUCUUCACCGCGGCCCAGAUCGUCACCGGCAUCGUCUGGGGCCGCGUGGCCGACUCGCCGGCGGUCGGCCGCAAGGGCGUGCUGCUCGUCAGCCUGACCGGCCAGGGCCUGAGCUGCGUCGGCCUGGCCUUCUCGCGCAGCUUCCACACCGCCGCCGUGUGGCGAUGCCUGGGCGGCGCUGUCAACGCCACCGUCGGUGCCGCCAGGACCUCGUUGGCCGAGUGCACCCACAAGAAAUACCACUCGCGCACCUUCCUGCUGCUGCCGCUGGCCUGGAACAUCGCCAACAUCUUCGGCCCGCUGUUCGGCGGCCUGCUGUCCGACCCUGUGGCCAACUACCCAGCCAUGUUUGGCGAGAACACUGGCGGAGACCCGAACGCGAACCCGUCCAGCACCGGCACUGGCGCCGUCUCCGUCUCCGUCUCCUGGCUCACCACAUUCCCCUACGCCGCGCCCAACCUGUGCUGCGCCCUCUUGCUGUUCGCCGACGCCCUGCUCGUCUGGCUGGGCCUGCGCGAGACCCUGAUCACCAAGCGGGACGACCGCGACCGCGGCCUCGAGCUGGCCGAGUCUUUGCGCCAUCGCUUCCGCCGACUCGUCUUCCGCCGCUUCGGCUACGUUCAACUCGGUCAGAGCGAGACCAACACGAACAUGCCCGAUACACUCGACAUCGACAUCGAUGACGAGGCCCUGCCGUCCAGCACCAGCACACCACUCACCCCUCUCCCGCCCAAGGAAGUCGACCAGUUGAACACGAAGAUGAAGACGAAUACCGUGACGACUACCAUGACGAAAACGAAAACGAAUACGGCCGAGGCCUGGGUCGAACCCCCCAAGGCCGCGCCGCCCUUCUACCACGCGCUGACGUCCAACGUGCUCCUGGUGCUGGCGACGGUGGCGGUGAUGGAUUUCCAGAUGGGCGGGUUCGCGUCGCUGUGGACGAUUUUCCUGUCGACGGCGCGACGCACGGCCGACCAGCCAGUGCGGCUUCCGCUGGUGUUCACGGGCGGGCUGCAGUUCUCGCUGGCGACGAUCGGGCUGGCCAUGUCGAUUCUGGGCCUGGUCGGCAUCUUCCUGCAGCUGACGCUGUACCCGUCGGUGAACGCGCGGUUCGGCCUGCUCCGGUCGACGCGGUGGUCGCUGUUCGUGUUCCCGCUGGCCUACGCGCUGGCCCCCUACCUGUCGCUGCUGGUUGACCGGCCCGUGCUGCUGUGGGUCGGCAUUGUGGUCGUCGUGCUGCUGCAGGUGGCGGCCCGCACCUUCGCCAUCCCGGGCUCCGUCCUGCUCAUCAACAACUCCAGCCCCAGCCCGGCCAUGCUGGGCACCAUCCACGGCAUGGGCGCCGCCACUUCCAGCGCCUUCCGCACCGUCGGCCCCAUCGUCGCCGGUCACUGGUACGCCCGCGGUCUGGACAAGGGUGUUGUCGGCUGGGCCUGGUGGUGGCUGAGUUUGGUGAGUUUGGUCGGUGUGGUGCCGAGCUUUUGGGCCCGAGAUGGGAGAUGA